AUGAAGUGCCUCCUGCUCACCCUGGGCCUGGCCCUCGCCUGCCCCGUCCAGGAUGCCCACAUCCCCCAGACGGUGGAGGACCUGGACAUUAGAAAGGUAUGGGGUGGCGAGGACGCGGCACCCAGUGGCCAUGGCGGCCAGCAACGUGCUCCUCCUGGACACCGAGAGUGGCCCCCCGAGAGCAGCCCCCCAAGAGCCACCCCCCCGAGAGUGUACGUGGAGGAGCUGAAGCCCACCCCCGAGGGCGACCUGGAGAUCCUGCUGCAGAAACGCUGGGUGUCCCCCCACUCAACGGAAAACCACGAGUGUAUGGAGAAGACCCUCAUGGCCCAGAAGACCGAGGACCCUACUGUCUUCACAGUCGACUAUCACGGGGAAAGGAAGAUUUCUGUGCUGGACACAGACUACAGCAGCUACAUGACCUUCUGUAAGGAGGGCCCCACGCACACUGACGAGGGCAGCCUGAUGUGCCAGUGUCUGGAAACGACCCCGGAGGUGGAUGACGAGGCCAUGGAGAAAUUCGCCAGGGCCCUGGCGUCAUUGUCGGAGGACGUGCAGAUGGUCCUGGACCUGCGCCGGGGGGCGGUCCCAUCCUGA